GUCCGUCAUUUUUAUACAGAAAUUUACGCGGUGUUGUGUGGCGGUCGAAAUCCAACGCGGAGUCAGUUUCCCGAUUGUUGCGACAAUUUCUGGAUCCGUUUCUGCUACAAUUUUGGACUGGAACCUUGAGAGAUAUCACCCGCGGUAAAAGUGUAAUCGUUUGUUUGUUGCGUUCCGCUAAAAAAACGUUUUCGAAUCUUUGAAAAUUCUGCUGGUUGGCUGCUGCUGCUUGUGCCAAUUUGUUUGCUUCCUAGUGCAAGUGAGACAGCAAGCAAGACGUGACUCGGCUGUCGCGGCGCGAUCUUUGACAGAGUGACAAAAGCCGGGUGUGCGAGAGAGAUCACUAGAUUGACGGCGGGUCCGAAGGAGCUGUCAAUUUUCCUUGCUUGGCUUUCACAUCGGUCGGUGUUCAGGUUUGCAGACGCUUCCGACGAAAAAGUGUCCAAAUUCCGUGUAUUUUCGAUCCGAAUUGUGUUUUUAGUGCGUCGCAAGCGAAGCGCUUGAGGAGAGCGAAGAUGUUGCAGAAGAAACCUGCCGGCGGAAUGUACGAUCCGAUGAUAAUUCCUCGGGUCAAGCAGUACCUUGAGGAAAAUGUGCACCAAACUUACGUUGACGUUGGGGUAAUGGCCCGGGAGCUGCAGGAACGCUACCGGGAGUAUAACCGUCGCAAGGCUGUCCCAUUCCGUUUGUUGGUGGAGCAGGCUUACAAAACCGUUCUCCACAGCUACGGGCUGGACAGCAAUCCGUCGAGCGAGAACGAAGAUGACGGGAACUCUGAUCUGGAGGUCAUGGAAGACGGUGCCGGCGGAGGCGGUAAUGCUAACCACAUGAAUGAUACACUGACCAACAUGUACAUGAACAAUAAGAAUAAACCCUCAGGUGGAGGCGCUGGAGGCAACGAUGGCGAAGCGAUCGACAUCAGCAGCGACGAGGACGAUGAGGGCGCGGAUUCGCGCGACAAAGACAAAGCUGUUUCGACAACGAGCAACAGUAUGAGACUUAUUGAAACGCAAAUUGCUUCUAACAAGCACAUUACGGUAACAAAGGUGACCCGUGCCGAAAAGCCCAGAUCUGGUGAUGAAGCGGUUGAUUCCAGUAAUGGUAGUUCGAACGGUCCGAGGCGACCAGCUGAACAACUGCCAGCCAGUCAAGCCAAGCGCCGACGUUUGGACCAGCCCCAAAUUUCGGAAGUUAGCAACAGUUCCAACCCUCUGUUGCCACAGCCGACUCCAAGGCCUGCAACGCUUAACAAUAGAAGUGCUGGUACAGGACGCACAGAAUCCAAUAAUGCACCAACGGCAGCUCCGCGUUCGAAACGCUUUAAAAAGGAAGUGUGGGCACGUUUUGUAGAAACCACGUUUGAUGAUGUUGGCGGAAUGGAUAGAAUUUUGCGCGAUCUUUGUGAAUUAUUGCUUCAUGUGAAGCAUCCGGAAGUUUAUCGCCACGUGGGUUUACCUCCACCUCGGGGAUUCCUUCUACAUGGACCACCAGGAUCGGGCAAAACAUUGCUGGCGCAUGCAAUUGCUGGGCAAUUGAAAAUCGGUCUGGUGGAAGUACCAGCCACUGAGCUGGUAGCCGGAGUUUCUGGAGAAUCCGAGGAACGUAUUCGGGAAGUAUUUGAACAAGCAGCGGUCCUUUCGCCUUGUGUACUUUUCAUUGACGAAAUCGAUGCCAUCUCAUCGAACCGAGUAAAUGCACAGAAGGAUAUGGAACGUCGGAUUGUAGCCCAGUUAUUGACCAGUCUUGACAAUUUGCCCAAACUGGAGGGCGGUGAUGGUGUGCUGGUGAUCGGGGCCACAAAUCGACCGGAUGCCCUGGAUCCUGCUCUGCGCCGUGUUGGACGAUUUGAUCAGGAAAUUUCUCUGGGAAUUCCCGACCGGGAAGCGCGGGCUCAAAUUUUAAAGAUUAUUUGCAAGAACUUGAAAAUUGAGCGGAAUAUCGAUUUCGAUGAAUUAGCUAAGCUGACACCUGGCUAUGUGGGAGCUGAUUUGCUCGCGUUGGCUACCAGAGCAGCAACCACGGCUAUCAAGAGAAUGUUAACGGAGCGUGAGCGACAGUCGCUCAUCGCAGAACAUAAAAGAAAGCUAGAACAAGAGGCAUCUCGUCGCAAAAAGGAACAAGAGCUGCUGCAUAAGAAGGAUGAUGACGAUGAUGAUGUGAUGGAAGUACAAGAAGCAGCUCCAACUGUCGAAACUAACAAAAGUAAAUUUAAUGGCAACGUUUCAGUUGAUGACGUUGUUGCCGUUGAAGAUGAUGUUGAAGAAGUGGUGAAUUUAGAUGACGACAAGGAUGAACCUAAAGAAGUCGAUAAUAAAGAAGCUGAUAACAAAGAAGCCGAUAAGAAAGAAGCCGAGGUAGGUAACAGCACCGAAGUGCCAGCCGGUGCGGAGAAGAAAACAGACGAGGAUAAGAAGGAUGAAGAAGUAAAAGCAGACGAGAAAAAAGAUGAAGAGAACAAGGUUGAGGAAGAAGCUAAGGUUGAUUCUGCUGAAGCUAAACCAGCUGAUGCAAAACCUGCUGAAGAAGAAAAGAAAAACGAUGACGAAGCGAAGGAAGCAGUUGAAAGUGAAAAGAAACCAGAAGACGAAGCAAAACCAGAAGAACCAAUGGUUGUCGAUGGGGAUGUGGAAAUGGUGGCUGAUAGCAGCACGUCUGUUGAUAAGCUCGAGUCCGAAGUUCCAAAAUCUACUACUGAGGAAGCAGAAAGAUCAUUAACGGUCGAGUCGAGUGAAGCUGAGAAGAAGGUUGAUGAACCGAUGGAAACUGAAAAGAAUGAAGCCGUGGAAUCCUCAGUGAAGGAACCCGAGCAAACCCCAACGGAGCUUACCGAAACAGUAGAGGAAACCGAUCCCACGCCAGUUGUUGAGGAGCGACCCCCCACUCCUGUUCUUACUUUGGAGAAAAUGAUGCAUCUCUUGUUAGAUCAAUCUAAUCCUUUGCCAGAUGACGAAUUAGAGACCCUCUGUAUAGAACGGGUAGACUUCCUGGAGUCGUUAAAAUCAGUUCAACCUUCUGCCAAGCGUGAGGGUUUCAUAACCGUCCCAGAUGUUACGUGGGACGACAUCGGCUCUUUGGGUGACAUUCGCGAAGAACUAAAACUGGCUAUCCUUGCUCCGGUAAAAUUCCCACAGCGCUUGAAACAACUUGGCCUUAGCUCUCCUUCCGGAGUGUUGCUAUGUGGCCCACCUGGGUGCGGUAAAACGCUUCUAGCUAAGGCUGUGGCCAAUGAAGCUGGAAUCAAUUUUAUUUCCGUUAAAGGUCCCGAAUUGUUGAACAUGUAUGUUGGUGAGUCAGAACGCGCUGUUCGCCAGUGUUUCCAACGUGCUCGUAACUCAGCUCCGUGUGUCAUCUUUUUCGAUGAAUUUGACUCACUGUGUCCCAAGCGGUCAGAUACCUCCGAGGGUAGUGCCGGAAUGCGAGUGGUGAAUCAAUUGCUAACCGAAAUGGAUGGUAUCGAGGAUCGAAAGGGUGUGUUUCUGAUGGCAGCCACCAAUCGACCAGACAUCGUAGAUCCUGCUGUUCUUCGUCCCGGACGAUUGGAUAAAAUUCUCUACGUUGGUUUGCCUGCAGUAGACGACCGGGUAGACAUUCUACGAGCACUCACUAAAAACUCUACUAAACCUCCAUUGGCCGAUGACGUUGACCUGACAACUGUUGCACGACUAACCGAAGGUUACACCGGUGCCGAUUUGGCGGGGCUGGUGAGACAAGCAUCUUUGCAAACGUUGAAGGAUUCGAUUGCUGAAUGCAGUAGUGACGACACAGCCUCAAGCGAUUCGGAACAGGAUCUUAAAGUGGCGAUGCUGCACUUCCAGGAGGCGAUACGCAGCAUCAAACCUUCGGUCAAUGAAGAGGACAAGAAGCACUAUGAAAGAUUGAAGAGAAAAUAUGGCGCAGCAUCCGCGCCACAGUAAACAAAGGACUCCUCUAGAUUUUGUAAGGUCAUGAUUUAGCACUUUAGAGUUUAAGUGUCACAGAAUUACUGGGACAUCCAUUAUAUUUGUAACAGCAAGUUGCAUUGAAUGAAUAGUCAAGCGUGCAGUGAGUUAGGGCGUUGAUUCCGGAAUUAACACAUAAAAAUAAUUAAUACGAACAAGUUAGAAAUGCAGAACAUUCAACUCUGAAUGGUAAUGGAAUGCAGUGUGCAUUUAGCAUCAGACUUAACAAUAAAGUAGAUGGAAAAUAAGCAAAACUCAAUCGACCAGGAAUGCGCGACAGGUUUAUUAGUGAAACAAUUUAGGAAUCCCCACCCCGUCUGAAGUAUGUAGUGGACGUUGUUCGUUCUCUUUUAGUUAUUGAAACUAUUACCUAUAUAUUCUGUUCAAAUAAUCGUAUCGACCACAAAGUUUGACUGGUGUGAAGGCAAUUAGAAAACACUUCAUUUUCCUUUUUCUUUCAUUGAUACAAAUAAUAGAUUUGACAAAAAUUGACGUACAGGAUGUAAAAGUAUAUAAAAUAAAAGAAAAAUCUCCUAA